CGGGCCCGGGACGGGUCAUGGGCCACGCGCUCUGCGCCUGCGCGCGGGGCAGCCUGAGCAUCGAGGGGCAGCGCUACCUGCUGCUGCAGCGCCUGGGGGAGGGGGGCUUCAGCUACGUGGACUUGGUGGAGAGGCUGCAGGACGGCCGUUUCUACGCCCUGAAGCGCAUCCUGUGCCAUGACAAGGAGGACCGCCGGGAAGCACUGCACGAGGUGGAAAUGCACGGCCUCUUCGAGCACCCCAACAUCCUGCGGCUCGAGGCCCACUGCAUGGUGGAGAAGGGGCCCAAGCAUGAGGCCUGGCUGCUGCUGCCCUUUCUAAGGAGAGGGACCCUGUGGAGCGAGGUGGAAGCUCUGCGAGACAAAGGCACCUUCCUGCCUGAGGAGCGGAUUGUCCCCAUUCUCCUUGGCAUCUGCCGGGGGCUGGAGGCUAUUCAUGCCAAGGGCUAUGCACACAGAGACCUGAAGCCCACCAACGUGCUGCUGGACGAUGAGGAGCAGCCUGUGCUGAUGGACCUGGGCUCCAUGAACCAGGCCUGCAUCGAGGUCAAGGGCUCCCGGGAGGCCAUGGCUUUGCAGGACUGGGCGGCCCAGCGCUGCACCAUCUCCUACCGGGCACCAGAGCUCUUCACCGUGGAGAGAGACUGCGUCAUUGAUGAGCGAACAGACAUCUGGUCCCUAGGCUGUGUGCUGUACUGCAUGAUGUUUGGUGAGGGCCCCUAUGACCUCAUCUUCCAGAAAGGUGACAGCGUGGCUCUGGCAGUGCAGAACCAGCUCCACGUGCCCGCCAGCGGAAGGUAUUCUGCUGCCCUGGAGCACCUGCUCUCCUCCAUGAUGGCAGUGAACCCUCAGGAUCGACCCCACAUCUCCUACAUACUUGACCAGCUGGAGGGGCUGCAGGCAGCACCAAGUGGCCAGGACACCACCCGGAUCUGAGCCCUGCCCAGCUCUGUACCCCCAGGGACUGGUGUGUAGAGUGUGUGUGGGGGGGCUGCUGCCCCACCCUAGGGACAGGGUCACAGAACUGCUUUUAAAACAGAAUUUUAGGUGAAAAGCAAACCCAGCCCUGUGGUGCUAAGUCCUGCCUGCAGUGCCAGGCUGGCACAUGCCCUACUCCUAGGAAUUCAGCCAGGACAUAUGCCCUGAGCAGGAGGGUACCCAGGACCAGCCACUUGCCAGAGGGCCAUGUGGCUGGGGAGGGGAAGAUGGUACCAGCACUUCCCCUUCCCUAGGGCCCUGGGCUGCCUCCUUGGCCAUGGAGCAAGCUGGGCUCUGCUCAGCACCAGCUCAGGCCUAGCCUUCCCUCUCCCUCAGGGCUGCUGCUGCCUCCUCCUGCUGGAAGGGAGGAGGGGCCCAGCCUGCACCCCCCCGGGCAUUGUCUGUUCAGUAAAGUGUGUGCAGAGAACAUGGCCUGGCUCUGUGGGAUUCCUGUGGUGCUCAGGCAGCUAUGGGAGCAGAGAGGAGAACGGGACCAUAUGGAAUUGGUGACGGGUGUAGAGUAAGCCUGUCUGGCUGCAACUCCAGCCUGGUGGGGCUUUCCUGCUGGGCUAAGGCUGCCACUGCCAUCAGGGCAGGGAUGAAGCAGCCUCUGGGCAGUACAGUAGUCACUCACACACACACACACCCCCCCGGUCUGGCUGAGAGCCCUCCCCUGGCAUCCUGGGCACCAGGGACAAGCAGCCUCCCAUGGUUCUGGGUGCGAGUGCUGCUGGGAGCCCAGCUCUGGCUGCUGGGGCUUGGCCAGCAGAGGGCAGCACUGGGAGCAGGGCCAUGCUGGGCUGGGGCCAGAGCACAAAUCAAUGAUCAAUCACAAACCCCCUUCCUGGGCCAGGCCCAGCUGUUCCAGCCCAGGCUGCCCCCUCCCCUAUGGGCUGUGGGGGAAGCCAGCACCCAGGGGCUGGCACCAUGUGGGGCCUUGGGAGCAGAGGCAGAGCCUGGCCCCAGGAGGGGAACAGGGCACAAGGAGUGUGGCCCAGCCAGCUCACCUUCCCCCACCAUGUGAGACAGGGCCCCCUUCCAGUCCUACAGCUGCUGAGCCAAGGGCCCUCCCAAGCCAGGCCUGGGGGAGGGGCAGAAAGUAGCAACCCUCUGGAGCCAAACAUGCCCCCUUCUCCCAUGUAGCUCCUGGUAGCCCAGCCCAGAGGCUGCUCCCUGAAAGCCCAGGCACAGACAGGGGAGCCUGUCACAAUGAUGCUUCCUAUCACUAAGGAGACCUGGCCCUGCCAUGCUGGCUGCUUUGUGCAGGGAGGGGAGCAGCCCUGGCAGGCCCUUGCCCUCAGUGGGCCACAGCCCCCAGUACCUGGAGUUGGGUCCACCCCUCCUCCAGUGAGAGCUGGAUUGAUCCCUGAGCCACACCAGGCACCUGGUCAGGCCUCGGGCUUGGCAGCCACCACUCACCCACAGCCCAGCUGGGGGCCCGGUAUCUGGUUUGGGGCCAUCAGCAGGGCAGGUUGCUUGCUGCUGUUGUGCUGCCCAGGAUGUCUUAUGACCCCAUUCCCAGCCACAACCCAGCCUGGCCUCCACGGCUGUAAAGAGCCACUCAGAGCCACUGCAGACCUGGGACACUCACAGCCCUGCACCUGGCAAGAAACAGCCACAGCCUUGGGUUUGGGUUUGAGACCAAGGAGACAGUUUAUUGUUUAAAGGAUUUUGCAAUUAA